AUGGCCCUGAUAAAUGGAAUGGAUUCUUCCUAUUUAUUUGAUUCACAUGCUAGAGACUUAAGUGGCAUGCCCAACCCUAAUGGCACGGCUGUUGUCAUGAAAUUUGCUAAUAUUAUUGGUUUAGAGAAAUAUUUGUGUUCUGUUUCCCUGAAACUACAUACAAAUUUAUUUGAAAUUGUUCCUGUGCAAUUAUAUAAAUGUAUAGAUUCCAACAAAAAAAGAAAGCAGUGUGAGGAAACUGACAUUGACAGACAAGCUAGACUUCAUAAAGCUAGUGAGACUUUAGAAGAAACUAACAGUGAACGACAAAUUAGACUUCAAAAGGACAGUGAGUCAAAAAAAAAAUAA